AUGAUUAUCUUCGCUAACUAUGCAAUUGCUGAUGAGUGGUGGCGUGGCAUGUCCACUUCCUCCAUCAUUGGGUUCUCGGACAGUGUUCGGCAUGUCAACGCCCAGUUCUAUAUCCAUGACAUGGGGCAGGCCAGCGUCGUCGACUCACUCACCGUGAAUGGGAUUGCAACCCAACUCCUUGGACAGGUAUCCCGGUACUGUCCCGUAUUGUUCAACAGCAACGCGACAAACUCGGUCUAUGUUUCGCGUACCAAACGCGCUCGCUUCCGUGUUAGUGUCUCUGACAAGAGCACUGCAGAGACCAUCAUGAUUGGCUCUGACGAGAUCAUCAUCACGUUGCACACCGUCGAUCUGGUGACCUUUUGCACAAAGGUGUUUGGUCAUAGGCUGGAGUUCUGA